AUGGGGAAAGACAAAGUCCCCUACCAGCUCAAGACUCCCAAGGGGACGAAAGAUUGGGAGGGUAAAGAUAUGGUAAUCCGCGACCGCAUCUUCAACGCCGUAACCACCGUCUUCAAGCGCCACGGCGCCGUCACAAUCGACACCCCCGUUUUCGAGCUCCGUCCCAUCCUCUCCGGUAAAUAUGGCGAAGACUCAAAACUCAUCUACGAUCUCUCCGACCAAGGCGGAGAACUCUGCUCCCUACGCUACGACCUCACCGUCCCCUUCGCGCGAUGGCUCGCCAUGAACCCAUCAAUACAGAGUAUAAAGAGAUAUCAUAUCGCCAAAGUGUAUCGCAGGGAUCAACCCGCUAUGACCAAGGGAAGAAUGAGAGAAUUCUAUCAGUGCGAUUUCGAUGUUGCAGGGGUUUACGAUCGGAUGGUUCCUGACGCGGAGAUCUUGAGGAUCGUCUGUGAAGUAUUUGGGGAACAGGGACUAGGAUGGACACAGAAAGGGGGAUUUUUGAUCAAGAUCAAUCACAGGGGCGUGCUGGAUGGGAUAUUCGAGGUAUGCGGUGUGCCCAAGGAGAAAAUACGGACUAUAAGUAGUGCAGUGGAUAAGCUGGAUAAGAGCCCUUGGGAGGAGGUCAAGAAGGAGAUGGUGGAAGAGAAAGGAUUGAGUGAAGAAGUUGCGGACAAGAUUUGGGAGUUCGUUCAGAGGAGGGGUGGGAAGGACGUAAUGGAGGAGUUGAGGAAGGACGAGCGGGUGCUGGGGAAUCAGAAUCUCGUCAAGGGAUUGGAGGAUAUGGAGUUAUUGUUCGAAUACUUGGGGGCAUUUGGGGUGCUGGAUAAAGUCGAAUUCAACCUAAGCCUGGCACGAGGCCUGGACUACUACACCGGGGUCAUCUUCGAGGUCGUUACGGAGGGAUCAGCCCCGUCAAAUACCACAGGUCAAAAGCUUCAGAAAGCCGCAAAGAAAGAAAAAACAAACGAGUUCGACGAAGACCGGUCCAACGACCCUUCCGUAGGAGUUGGUAGCGUCGCAGCUGGUGGCCGGUACGACGAGCUUGUGGGCAUGUUCUCCGGAAAGACCCAAAUCCCUUGUGUCGGCAUAUCCUUUGGGGUCGAUCGGAUCUUCUCAAUCACAAAAGCGCGCAUGGAAGCCGACAAAGGCGCCGCGGCCGUGCGAAGUACAGAAGUCGACGUCUUCGUCAUGGCAUUCGGAGGCAAAGGCUUCACCGGGCUGUUGAAAGAGCGAAUGCAGGUCACCAAGACUCUUUGGGACGCUGGCAUCAAGGCUGAGUUUGCGUAUAAGCAAAAGCCGAAAUUGCCUGCCCAGUUCAAGUCGGCUGAGCAGAGCGGUAUUCCAUUCGCUGUUAUCCUAGGAGAGGACGAGCAAGCGCAGGGGAAAGUGAAGAUUAAGGAGAUGGGUUUACCUGAAGGUCACCCAGAGAAGGACGGGGUCACGGUUGAUACGAAAGAUCUGGUACAAGAGGUAAGGGAAAAGCUGAGGAGGAAGGCUGAGAGUGAUGGACUGGUUGAGGGGAUGACGGAGCUUGAUACCAAUGCGGGAGGGGAGAAUCUGGGACAUGAUGGGGGUCCCUGA